AUGGGUAUUGGUCAGAAACUCAAGGAUACAUUCAGCUCCGGGGAUCAUCGAGAUGAUCAUACUAACCCAGGCUCAUUCAAUUCAGGCAGUGGUAGGGACUACGUUCCACCUACUGGCACACAUGUCGGCCAAGGCAGCCAUAGUGCGGGCACUGGUAGCAACGUCCCCGACCGCGAUGUUAUGGAUCCAGCGGAUCACAAGCAAGGCCCCAAUGUGAUGAGCUCGACAGGCGCCGCUGGAAACCCAGUCACCGGAUCCACAGGUCUUGGAGGAGGUAGCAGCGAGUACUCCAGCAGAGACCAGUACGGUCAGGGGGCCGGCAUUAGUAGUCACGACAUGGCGCAUCGCUCACACGACACCUCCACUGGUCGUGACCACGAUCAAUCGUCUUACGAUAAUCGAACUAUCGACCAUGGCGUCGGGUUGGUGCCUAUCGGAGGCGGGAGCGGUGCGGCAGCAGUUGAGGCGGCCCACUCUCACAAGCAGCAUCAUGGCCACCACGGCGACGAACCGGUGGGCACGACUCAUGCCCACGACUCUGCGCACUCUCACGGCCAGCAUCACGGCCACGAUAGCUCCAGGCACCAAGCGGGCACGAGUCACGGUUACGAAACUCAUCCCCGUGGCGCAGACUUACUUCCCAUGGGCGGUGGGACUGGCGCAGCAGCAGCAGAAGUCGCCCAUCCUCACAAGGAGCAUCAUGGUCACGAUGGUUCCACGCAUCACACUGGCACCUCUCAUUCUCACGAUUCGUCUGCAGCAACGGGUAUAGGCGGGCAACGCAGCUACGACAUUGGCAACCAGAAUCCCACCCUGGGUGCUGGGACAGGUUCAACCCAACAGUACUCGCAGUAUGAGCAGGGGCUGCCAUCGCGAACAGGUCACGAUUACGACUCCGGUAGAGGCGUUGGUGAUGACUCAAUGCGUUCGCAGGCGCAGCAGCGGGGAAUGGAAUCUGGAUAUACUGGUCAAGGCGCUACGAGUAUGAGCGGUGGACUGGGGUCCAGUUCAUAUGGCGGGUCAGAUGAUUAUGGUGCAGGUCGUUCAGGUGCUACAGUAUUCCACAAGUGUGAGCAUUGCGGAAGAGAUAACGAUAUCAGCAAUUAUUUCAAGAAGGAUGCAGCAUAUCGCACUGGUUGA